UCACAACCCAAUUUUCUCUCUCUAACAAAACAAAAUUUCCGAAUCUGAGUUACGACUUCCAUUCCAAUUUACUCUAACUUGAUCUUGUUUGAAUCUGUUUUCGUUUUUAUGCUGCUGAUUCUGAAUUCUGCGUCUCUCUUUGCCCCUAGUUAUCACUGUGUCAUUCAUAGUUAUGGGUUUAGGAAUUUGGAUCUUAACACUUUGUGUUUUCUUCUGCUGGGGUCUGAUUCUGUAAUUGGUAUUUUUAUUUUUAUUUUUAUUUUUGCCACCUUAAUACUGAUUUUGUUCUAUUUGAUGUUUUUGGGUGAUGGGAAUUUAAUUAUUUGACUUAAGAUGGAAAUGGUUUCCCCUGAAGAUGAUUCUUUGAGGUUGAAAUUGGAAAUUGUUGAUCAUACGGACUGUGUUCUAUGAGUUUGAGUUGCUGUUUUGCAGGUUGCAGCUUCUAGUAAAUUGGUGUACUAGACUGUGUUUGUCUGUGUCUGAAAUUAGAAUGACCCAGUGCCUAAUGUUGGAUGUGAAAUUUUCAUGCCCACGAAAUCUUUGAUGAAAUGCAAAUCUUUGGUUUGAAUUGCGUAUUAAAGUUACUAAUAGCAACCUGUGAUUUUCUAAAUUUGAAUUGCCCUGCCAUACUUUUCUUUUCCUUUGGGUGGCACUUGCUGAGCUAACCUUUGUAUGUGAUUCAAGUAUAAGAAUGGUAGGGAUAACAUUAGAUGUUGUUUAAGUGUUUUACUAUGCAAUCUGAAUUCAUUUGAUAACAUAUUAUCUGUCUUCUUUUUCAUAUAGAAGUUGUAGAUGGCUCCUUUUGCAGUUACAACAUUGCCUUCUUCACAUAUCUGCCACCUCCGAAAGCCCCCAAACCUUAUCCAUCCAAUUCGAUGCUCUAUGGCUGCUUCUUCUCCUUCCUCGGUUACCACUAGAUCAAAAGCUGCUCACUUUGAUUUGAAGACAUAUUGGACUUCCCUAAUGAUGGAGAUCAAUCAGAAGCUUGACGAAGCUAUUCCAGUUCAGUUCCCUCCUCAGAUAUAUGAAGCUAUGAGGUAUUCAGUGCUCGCCAAAGGAGCCAAGCGCGCCCCACCUGUUAUGUGCAUCUCCGCUUGUGAGCUCUUUGGGGGAAGCCGCCAUGCAGCCUUCCCUACUGCCUGCGCCCUCGAAAUGGUUCAUGGGGCAUCAUUGGUACAUGAUGAUCUUCCCUGCAUGGAUGACUCCCCCUCACGCCGUGGCCAGCCCUCAAACCACACCAUCUAUGGGGUUGACAUGGCAAUUCUUGCGGGGGAUGCACUCUUUCCCCUUGGAUUUCGUCACAUUGUUUCACAUACUCCCUCUGACCUUGUGCCUGAACCACACCUCCUUCGUGUGAUUGCUGAGAUAGCCCGCUCUGUAGGCUCCACUGGAAUGGCUGCAGGGCAGUUCCUGGAUCUUGAAGGAGGACCCAAUGCUGUUGGAUUUAUACAAGAAAAAAAGUUUGGCGAAAUGGGGGAGUGUUCUGCAGUAUGUGGAGGACUGUUGGCUGGUGCCGAAGAUGAUGAGCUAGAGAGAUUGAGGAGGUAUGGGAGAGCUGUUGGGGUAUUGUAUGCGGUUGUGGAUGAUAUUUUGGAACAGAGAUCGAAAGCUGAGGGAGGUAAUGACAGAAAAAACAAGGGGAAGAGUUAUGUGGAGGUUUAUGGGGUUGAGAAAGCAGAAGAGAUGGCUGAAGAGCUUAGAGCAAAGGCUAAAGAAGAAUUGGAUGGAUUUGAGAAGUAUGGGGAGCGAGUCUUUCCUCUCUACAGUUUUGUGGAUUAUGCUAUCGAUAGAAGUUUCAGUGUUGAUGACGCCAGUGGGUGAUGGGUACUUGAAAUUUAUCUAUGUAUACCUCUUUGAUUGAUUUGAAUACUUGAGAAUCGAUGAUUGCAUUGCAUAGAUAACUUACACGGUUUAGAACAGGGAACUUUAGGUCUAUAUAACCAACAGUGAGCAUUUAAAGCUUGGUUUUCUAUUCAUUUUGGGUUGGCUAUCUUGACCAUCUAUACGGAUGAGGAAGUUCUGAAGCAUGGAAAAGAAAAAAAAAAAAAAAAAAAAAAAUCCCAUGUUAAUAUUAGAAAUGUAUCAUACAGUUGGCAUCUGUGAUACCAAAGGUAAAAUUCCAUGACCAUAAAGCACUAAUGUUAUGAUUUAU